AUGGAUCAGACUGCAGUGGCUCUCCAUUUGACGGAUAAAAACGUUAAUAUUGUCUUGGGUUUAUCAGUUUGCGAUUUCCUUGUCAAUUGGAUUCAUGGUGUGCUUCCGGAGGGAAUCAGCUCCAACCACAAGCCCACCGAAUAUGUCACGCGUCGGGCACAUGUGUGUGGGAUUGAUAGGUACAUAACAGACGACACAUUGAACACAUUAAGCCUAGAUGAUACUGAGAAUAUGAUAGUGUUGUUGAAGAUAGAAUAG